AUGGAGAAGAAGAAAAAUUCCCCCUUCCCAGACGCGAUUGCCGUCAAGCCAGGGGAUGGAGAAACAGUAGCCGACAUACUCAAGUCUAUGAAGAAAGAUGUUGAUGUAGAAGCGACCGGUGCGCAAAUAUCUUCCAUCUCAGAGAGCCGAAAUGGAGAAAUAGUGAUCAAAAUCAAGGCUAAGGACACGGAGAGAACUGCCCUAGAGGAACAACUUAGAUCAAAACUGGGACUACGGGCGACGGUACGCGGGCUCGUGAAAUUUGAAGAUGUUGAAAUACAAGACCUUGACUGCGUGACUUCGGAAGCCGAGGUGGAAAAUAGUAUUCGAUGCGCGCUUGGCCUACAUGCAGAUGACAAAUCAGUCAAAGUCAGAAACAUCCGACAGUCGUUUAUGGGUACACAGAGAGCCACUGUGCGGCUGAAAGGAGUGGAUGCCCGUAAAAUCAUUGAAAAUGGUCGCAUAAAAAUAGGGUGGGUAAACGCCAGAGUAAGGCUUAAAGCCAAAGCCACAAAGUGCUUUAGAUGCCUAGGAUACGGGCAUAUAAGACAAGCAUGCAAAGGACCAGACCGCUCGGAGGCCUGCUGCCUAUGCGCCAAGGAAGGACAUAAGGCGACGACUUGCACUGCCCCACCAAAAUGCGUGGCUUGUCAGGAUAUUAAAGAAGCUACUGACCACUUUCCGGGCAGCGGUAAAUGUGCGGCCUACAGACUGGCCUUGUCCGGACAUAAGCCCAAAUCAAAAGCCAAGGAUAGGGAUACAGCUACAACUAGCAGUACCCUAGAAAACCAGAAAAAUUAUUAA